AUGGCAGGUCGACAAGCAACUGAAGAUUCUGAUGAAGAAUUUCAAGAGAUUCAAUAUGCGAAAUUACAAAAUAAUUACCGACAUGCACGAGAAGAUCAAAGAGAAUAUACCAUCGAAAAAAAAGAUCAACUACGAGUUCAAAGAAAAACACUCGAACAAUUGACAAGAGAACGUGAUGAACUCGAAAAAGCAUUUCGACUAGCUGAAAGUCUUGAGAAUCAAAAACGUGAUGAAGAGAAAACAAGGAAAUUACAAGAUUUGGUUCAAAUGAAGGAUCAAUUACAAAGUGAUAUACAAAAUGAAAAAACUAUUUCAACAGAAUUGGAUGUUCAAAUACGUGAAUGGGAGAAGAAAAUUCGUCAAAAACAAACCGAAGUUGGCGGUGCUCAUGCUGCAGUUAACUUCAAUGCUAAUGUUCAAAAACAGGGACGCGUAUUUGAGAACCGAUUGGAUACAGCAUUAAAACGCUUUAAUUCAUUACUCUCAUCGAAUGGUUUAUUACGUUCGGAAAUUGAUAGUCUACGCAAUGAACGAGAACGUUAUGAAAAUUUAUCACAGAAAUCCGAAAACGAACUUCGCAAGCUCCGGGCUCAAUUAGUCGAAUGUAUUGAAAAAUCAGUCACUUCAUACGAACAACGAAAAGAUGCUAACUCGAAAGCAAUUAUUCUUCAAAACAAAGCUGAAUCGGACAAAUUUACUGCUGAAGCUGAAAUGAGAGAACUUGAACGCCAGAUAUCCCACGAUCGUAAACUACGUGAUUUUAUGAAACUUAAAGCACAAGAGCGACACGAAGACGAAGAACUUGUUACGUAUCGUAAACAAAAAGCCGCAGAAAUAGCUGAGAAACGUCGCAAAGAAAAAGAAGAACAUUCUGUUGAAGCAUAUGAGACAAAUUUCCAACAAAUUCAAAGAAUCAGUGGUGAACCUGAUCUACAGAAACUCGUGGAUAAAUUUAUCGAAGUUGAAGAUAAGAAUUUUGCUUUGUUUAACUAUGUUAAUGAGCUAAAUAAUCAAAUCGAAACUUUACAUGAAGAUAUUGCUAAUGUGAAACAAGAAAUUCGUGAUUUUGAAAGUCAAGGCGUUGCAUUGCAAGAUCGACAAAAGAGACAAGUCGAAGAGAUCGAGAGAAAACGUGCGCAAGCGACGAUUUUAGCGGAUGAAUAUGAAGAAAAACAUCGAGCAGCAAAAAAGCUUCUCGAUGAUUGCCGAGACGGUAUCGGUUCAUUAUUCAAAAAGAUUGGCUGUGAUCGUGGACAAAUCGAUCAUCUCCUACAAAGUCACGAAGGUGUCACUGAGGACAAUAUGAUCAAAUAUUUAGGAAUCAUCGAAGAACGAACAAAUGAAUUAUUAACAGCACAAGCAACUAUCAUUGCUAAAGAGCAAAAUAUGUCUCUACGUGAACGUGCACCAAAUCUGAUUGGAGAUGGACCAUCGGGACCACCACCGAAUGUUCCUAUUCAUCUUCCGAACACAGAUGAUCGUCGUGAUUUUGACGAUCGAGAUGGCAAAACGGAAGAAGAACUGAAACCAUUGACACGUGAAGAACUAAAACAGCGUGCUAUCGAUCAUGUUAGAAACCUUGAAAAACGAGCAUUACAGCAAGAACAAAGCAAAUAUUCCGAUAUAGCACCAACGUCACGCGAGAAAACUACAAGUGGAACAACAAGAGCCGGCAACAGUGCGGGCGCCGACAAGUUACCAACGAAUCGCACACGUUGA